GCUGAUAACACAGUUCCGACCAGAGGAGGAAGGCUGAACGCACUUACUUCAUUUCUUGAAGCUUUCUGGGUAAUUGUGCAUCUUUCAUAUCUUAAAGACUCACAUACUCUGAGCUAGACAGAGGUCCCAACCCUGAAGAACCUCUCCAGAAUCCAGGUUGCUGAAUCUUCCCUGCUGCCUAGAGACUCCAAACCACAUUUUGGCAAUGGGCAACUGGGUGGUUAACCACUGGUUCUCAGUUUUGUUUCUGGCUACUUGGUUGGGGCUGAACGUUUUCCUCUUUGUGCAUGCCUUCCUGUCAUAUGAGAAAGCCGAUAAAUACUACUACACAAGAGAAAUCCUGGGGUCGGCAUUGGCCUGGGCCCGAGCCUCUGCUCGCUGCCUGAAUUUUAACAGCAUGCUGAUCUUGCUUCCUGUGUGUCGAAAUCUGCUGUCCUUCCUGAGGGGCACCUGCUCAUUCUGCAGGCGCACCCUGAGAAAGCAACUGGAUCACAACCUCACCUUCCACAAGCUGGUAGCAUAUAUGAUCUGCCUACACACAGCUAUUCACAUCAUUGCACAUCUGUUCAACUUUGAACACUACAGCAGAAGCCGACAGGCCACAGAUGGAUCCCUUGCCUCUAUUCUCUCCACCCUAUCUCAUCAAGAGAAAGGGGAAGGUUCUUGGCUAAAUCCUAUCCAGUCCCCAAACAUGACAGUGGAGUAUGUGACAUUUACCAGCAUUGCUGGUCUCACUGGAGUGAUCAUCACAAUAGCUCUGGUUCUCAUGGUGACUUCAGCUAUGGAGUUCAUCCGGAGGAGUUAUUUUGAGGUCUUCUGGUACACACACCAUAUUUUUAUCAUCUACUUCAUUGGUUUAGGGAUUCACGGCACUGGUGGAAUUGUCCGGGGUCAAACAGAAGAGAGCCUGAAUGAGAGUCAUCCUCACAGGUGUGCAGAAUCUUUCAAGCACUGGGAUGAUCAUGACUCCCACUGCAAACAUCCCCGAUUUGAAGGGCUCCCCGCUGAGUCUUGGAAGUGGAUCCUUGCACCAGGGGUUCUUUAUAUCUUUGAAAGGAUUCUCCGAUUUUACCGCUCGCAGCAGAAGGUUGUGAUUACCAAGGUUGUCAUGCACCCAUCCAAAGUUCUGGAAUUGCAGAUGAACAAGCGUGGCUUCAGCAUGGAAGUGGGACAGUAUAUUUUUGUUAAUUGUCCCUCCAUCUCUUAUUUGGAGUGGCAUCCCUUUACUCUGACCUCUGCUCCAGAGGAAGACUUCUUCUCUAUUCAUAUCAGAGCAGCGGGGGACUGGACAGAAAAUCUCAUCAGGGCUUUUGAGCGGCAGCAGUCACAAAUUCCCAGGAUUGAGGUGGAUGGUCCCUUUGGCACUGUCAGUGAAGAUGUCUUCCAGUAUGAAGUGGCUGUGUUGGUCGGAGCAGGAAUUGGGGUCACCCCCUUUGCUUCCAUCUUAAAAUCCAUCUGGUACAAAUUUCAGCGUGCAGAUCACAACCUUAAAACACAAACGAUCUAUUUCUACUGGAUCUGUAGGGAGACAGGUGCCUUUGCCUGGUUCAAUGACCUGUUGGCUUCUCUGGAACGUGAGAUGGAGGAAUUAGGCAAAGUGGAUUUUCUAAACUACCGUCUCUUCCUCACCGGAUGGGACAGCAACAUAGCCGGUCACGCCGCAUUAAACUUUGACAAGGCCACUGACAUCCUGACAGGUCUGAAACAGAAAACCUCCUUUGGGAGACCCAUGUGGGACAAUGAGUUUUCUACAAUAGCUAAUGCCCACCCCAGGUCUGUGGUGGGAGUCUUCCUAUGUGGUCCUCAGACCCUGGCAAAGAGCCUAAGCAAACGCUGUCACCAAUACUCCAGUCUGGAUCCCAGGAAGGUUCAAUUCUACUUCAACAAAGAAAACUUCUGAACUACAGGAACGAGGAUGCUACUCUGCAUCUUAGUCUCUCCUCUGAAUCUCCCAACAACUUACUUGAUCUGAUCAAGUUUGGGCAGCCCUUUAAGGACAGUAACAUGCCUCUCAGUUUCUGCUCCCUGGCCUCUCUUUUUUGAUUGGAUUCAACUUGGAUGUCGCUGAUCUUCA